GGCAGGGCAGGGGCCUUCUGCUGCCACAGCUGCUGCCUGUGCCAGGGGGAUCACGGCUGCACUGCAUCCCAGAGUGUUUCCAAGAGCUCGUUGCAAGAGGAGAGACAAGGAAGGGAUUUUCUAUUUUCUGUUCUUAAGGAAGGGGAAAGACUUGGAGGCAGAAAUCUGAAGGGAGAUGUGAAUUAUGAACACAUCUCUGAGAAUCCUGAAUUGUACCUUUCUCAGUCUGCUGUUAUGUGAGAAAUCUCCUCAUGUGCUCUCAGCCUCUCCUCUCCCAAAGGGCAGCACCAGCUGAGAUAUUUUUAUUUAUUUUAUUUAUUUUAUUUAUUUUAUUUAUUUAUUUUUUUCCUACAGACAUGAACAUGGAUCUACCCUGCAAACAGGCAGCUUUCCCUAUGAGAAACUGAAGUGCAUAGCGUUAGGGAUGGGCACCCUGAGUGCAGACAGGGUAAAGACAUGAGACAUGGAAACAGCUCCUAUGAGGAAAAUAUCCAGGAGGCUGGGAUAUGAUUAGGAAAUGAGAGGAAGGCUAAAGCUCCUUCAGCUUCUACUUAUUAUAGAAUCAUGAACCUCAUGAAGUUAAAUUCAAGUGAUGGAACUAAAUGAACACUGUCCUAAAAGAAAAAAAGUCUUUAUAAAAUGGUGGGAUGAGUGUCACUGAGAAUGGUCUUGUCUUGUCAUUAUCUCCUGCACCCUGAACAGGACUCCAUGCCCAGGAACCGCAGAUGCCCAACAGCAGCUCCAUCAGCGAGUUCCUCCUCCUGGCGUUGGCAGACACGCGGCAGCUGCAGCUCCUGCACUUCUGGCUCUUGCUGGGCAUCUACCUGGCUGCCCUCCUGGGCAACGGCCUCAUCAGCACAGCCGUAGCCUGCGACCACCGCCUGCACACCCCCAUGUACUUCUUCCUCCUCAACCUCGCCCUCCUCGACCUGGGCUGCAUCUCCACCACUCUCCCCAAAGCCAUGGCCAAUGCCCUCUGGGGCACCAGGGACAUCUCCUAUGCAGGAUGUGCCACACAGGUCUUUUUCUUUCUGUUUUUGUUUUCAACAGAAUAUUAUCUUCUCACCAUCAUGUCCUAUGACCGCUACGUUGCCAUCUGCAAGCCGCUGCACUACAGGACCCUGCUGGGCAGCAGAGCUUGUGCCACCAUGGCAGCAGCUGCCUGGGGCAGUGGAAUUCUCUAUUCCCUGCUGCACACUGUCAGUACAUUUUCCAUACCGCUCUGCCAGGGCAAUGUCAUCAACCAGUUCUUCUGUGAAAUCCCCCAGAUCCUCAAGCUCUCCUGCUCAGAAUCAGACUACCUCAGUGAAGCUGGUAUUAUUGAUUUUAGCCUUUCUUUAAUUUUUGGGUGUUUUGUCUUCAUAGUUGUGUCCUAUGUGCAGAUCUUCAGGGCUGUGCUGAGGAUGCCCUCUGAGCAGGGACGGCACAAAGCCUUCUCCACGUGCCUCCCUCACAUAUUCGUGGUCUCCCUCUUUGUCAGCACUCUCUUGUUUGCCUGCCUGAAGCCACACUCCCUUUCCUCCACGUCCUUGGACCUGGUUGUGGCAGUUCUGUACUCGGUGGUACCUCCCAUUGUGAAUCCUCUCAUCUACAGCAUGAGGAACCAGGAGCUCAGGGAUGCCCUGAGGAAACUUUGGAAAAUCCCCAGCUAUAUCAGAAAAUAUUAG